CGCGUGGGUUCAAAUGCUCUACUCUCUACUCUCUCUCUUCCAAAGCUUAAUCUUCUCUAUGUUAGUGACUUAGUGUUCCCUUUCUUCCAUUCCCAGUUUCUUUUUUCUAUAUAAAAAGUUCCAUUUUCAAUUUCGUUAUUUCCGAUUCAACUUACUUCUCGAGAAAAUAAAUUGAAGAAUUUUUUCGACGGUUCCCAAAAAUUGAAGGAAUGUUGAAUCAAGAAGUUGAAAAGAGCUGGAUAUAGGGUAUGCAAGGAUCAAUCUGAUACGUGCGUGUCCGGCCAUUUCACAUUUUCGAAAAAGAUUUAUUGUACGCUGUUAUCAUGAGUUUUCUCUGUUUGCCCUCAUCUUUCUUAUUCCCAUCAACCUGCCAACAGCCUCUACUUUCUAAUGGAUUAAGACUCAAUUCGAAUUACCUUUCUCAGUCUUUUCAUAGCCGAUGUGUCUGUCCUGUUCCUUUUGUUAGAUUUUCAUCUAAGUUUCAUGGAUCAAAUAUUCGUCAUUCAUUUGUCUGUGCUGCGACUGCACCAGAAGAAGAAGGGGUGGUUGCUGUGAUGAAUUUUGAUGAGCUAGCUGAGAAAGAUUGGUCGUUUCUUGAAUCUGAUUCUGAUAGCACAGUUUCUAAGGAAGAAUAUGCCAAAAGGACUGACCAAAUCAUCUCUGCUGGAAAUGUUGUGGCGACCUCAAAGGUCCUGGUUUCUCUAGGUUCAGAUGAAUUUGUUGAUCGGUUGAUUGACUCGUCUCCAUGCCAACUUUUGCUCAUUGUUCACGAGUCCCUUCUAUCACUUGCAUGUAUAAAAGAGAGGCAUGACAAAGUUAAGUGUUGGCAAGGAGAACUAAUUUUUGUACCUGAAAAGUGGGCACCCUUGGAUGUUGUUUUCUUGUAUUUCUUGCCGGGUUUGCCUUUCACACUUGAAGAGAUCUUCAAAGCACUUGCCGUUCGCUGUUCACCAGGUGCAAGGAUAGUAAUUAGCCAUCUCCAAGGCAGGCAGGCUUUGGAGCAGCAGCGGCAGCAAUACCAUGAUAUCAUUGUUUCCGACUUACCAGAUAAGAUCACUUUGGAGAAGGUUGCAUCUGAUAAUUCAUUUGUGAUGAAGGAAUUUGUUGAUGAUCCAAGCUUUUACCUCACAGUCUUGGAGUUCAAGACAUGAAUAUUUUGUCCUUUUUUGUGACGGAGGAUUAUGCUGAAGCUUUUACAUGGCAGUUUUGGAGUUCACGCCAUGAAUUCAAUGAGUGAAGUGCAAAGCAUGAAAGCUUUACCAUUGCUAAAUAUGGAUAUUGCGAUUUAUAUAUAUUACUUUAAUUUAUGCA